GCUGCCCUCACACAAUGAAGUCUACUUACAUACGGCUCUCUCUUUUGAUGAUCAUUGUGCAUCUCACACCUUUUUCUAACACAAAAUCAAUUAUCAAAAAUCUCCCUGGUUUUCAUGGUGAUCUACCUUCUGCUUUUGAAACUGGAUACGUAGAAGUGGGAGAUAACAAUGAAGCCCAGUUUUUCUACUAUUUCGUUGAGUCUCAAAGAGACCCGUCGCGCGAUCCUCUUCUUCUUUAUCUCACCGGUGGCCCGGGCACCCCAGCAUUGUAUCCGUUCAUGUAUCAAAUAGGUCCACUAACUAUUAGUCUUGAACGUUCAACAAAGGAUAACAUUACGUUGGAGUUAAAUCCCAAUGCAUUGACAAAGGCUGCUAGUAUAAUAUUUCUAGAUCUACCGAUCGGUGUAGGGUUUUCGUAUGCUACAACAUUUGAAGCAUCAAAGAGUGGUGAUUCCAUCUUAGCUUUACAAACUUAUGAGUUUCUUAAAAAGUGGCUCUCUAUGCAUCCGAGGUUUCGCAAUAAUCCGUUGUACAUAUCUGGUAUUUCAUACAUGGGCAUUAUAAUACCAGUAGUUACUCUAGAAGUGUAUAAAGGUAAUGAACAUGGAAAUCAACCACAUCUGAAUAUCAAAGGAUACUUUAUAAUUAGCCCUCUCACUGAUAAAUUCAGUGAUUUUAACUCAAGAUUAGAGUUUGCUCACAGGCUUGCACUAAUAUCUGAUGAUAUCUACAAUUCAGCGAAAGAAUCUUGUCAUGGUAAUUACGUCGAUAAGGAUCUGAACAACGUGUUAUGUUCAAGUGCGCUUCAACGGAUGGAUGAAUGCACGAGUGGAAUUAACCCGUCGAAUAUAUUGGAGCCGCUUUGUGAAGAUUUAGAUACGGAUCCAACUUGUUCCCUUGAUAGGAUAUAUUUAGAGGUUUGGGCAAACGAUAAAGAUGUGCAAAAAGCUCUCCAUGUUCGUGAGGGAACAGUUAAAAUGUGGCAGCUAGACAAUGGUAAUUUUCAUCGCGAUUCAGAGAACACCACAUACUCAUUCGACAUCUUCAGUAGUUUCGUAUAUCAUAAACUACUUGUUGAUAGAAACUGCCAAGUUUUGAUCAUCAACGGUGAUCAUGAUAUGACUUUUCCAUAUGUCGGCACGAUGGCAUGGAUAACAUCUCUCAACCUUCCAAUCGAAAACCCAUGGGCACCAUGGUUUGUUAGAAAUCAAGUUGCUGGGUAUCGGACCAUAUAUAGAAAGAAUGGAUACUCUUUAAUGCAUGCAACCGUUAAGGGUGCAGGGCAUUCAGUGCCAGUAUACAAGCCUGAAGAAGCUUCGGUUAUUAUCAAUUCAUGGCUCACUUCACAUACCUAUUUACGUGAUUACUAAGCUUGACACUAAAUAACUAUUCCAUUGUUAGUACGUAAAACAAAUCUUCUUAAUAUUAUGUGAAAAUAAAAGAUGUACAAUACAUCUCAU